ACAAGUUGAGCCAGAAGUGAAGCACUAAACUCCGCCCAUCAGGUGUGUGCGCAGGUUCACUCACAUUCCCACCACCGGAGCGUAACCCCAACAAAAAUUAUUUAAAGAUUCUCCUUUUUUCCGACCGUCUGCGGAGACGUUUGUGUUUUUAUUUGUUGGUUCAGGAUAAAUGUUUGUUCCCAUGUGUCGGAUAUGGCUUCUGCUUCUCCUGGGAGGAUUCGUGGUGCCAGGAGUGCGGCACGUCAGUGCAAUAGAAAUUUACACUGCAGCUGACGUGGAGGCAGUCAACGGGACAAGUGUGAAACUGAAGUGCACCUUCUCUUCCAGUCAGCCGGUGUCGCUUCAGUCUGUCACGGUAUCCUGGAAUUUCCGUCCCUUAAGUGGAGGAACGGACGAGUCGGUAUUUUUCUACCAGGGGGUACCAUACCCUCCCCAGGCUGGGCGUUUUAAAGGGCAUGCGGUGUGGUCGGGAGAUAUUUUGAGACGGGAUGUCUCCAUCAGCCUGCAUGAGGUGAAACCGACCUUUAAUGGCACGUUCACCUGCGAGGUGCGUAACCCUCCAGAUGUGCAGGGCAGUAAUGGAGAGAUCGUCUUCAGAGUCGUCGACAAAGUUUCCCUCUCUGAGAUCGGCAUCCUGGCGGCAGCAGUCGGGGGCGCCUGUGCUGUAAUCCUGGUCCUCCUCUGUAUCUUCGUCGCCGUGAGGUACUACAGGAAAAAGCAAAAGGAAAACGACUUUGAGGCGAACUACAGGGCGGAAGAGUGGAAGGACCCGACCGUGUGUUCACCUGAAGAAGCAGUUCACCUGACGGUUGUGACAUCGAAGAAAGAAGCCGAUAGUUCAGACGAUGAAGAGUCUGAACCUAGCAGCGGAGAUGAUGACGAAGAGGAAGGGGGUGAAGAAGAUGACGACGAUGAUGAUGAUGAUGAUGAUGAUGACGAUGAUGGUGGUGAUGAUUAAAUGGACACAGAGAUAUUUGCGGUAUCUGCAUUACGUGGGUUUAGCCACUUAGCACGGAUUAUAAGCGAUUCUUUCACCCUGAAGCAAAUACUGGACCCGUCUUAUUUGUUUGUUUUUUUAGAUUUUUUGGCAUUGUUCAAACAAAUCAGCAGAAAAUUAACUUUGUUAGAGGCCUGUGUCAACUGUGGCGUUUUAAAUGUUUCUCCUGUUCAGUUUCUAAAAGCAAUCAGCUGAGAGGAGACGAAUCAGAAUUCAAUGUAAAAAAACGUCUUUUAAUUGUGUCAUAGUGCAUCUUUCCAGAGGAUUUCGAAUGAUGCUGGUAAUGAAACAGAAGAAUGGGUGCUGUCAUUUAUUUUUUGCUCGCAGAAAGUCAAGGAGAGUAGUUUAGACACACAUCACUGAGGUGCAAGGUGGUUAGCAAAAAAAGGUAACAUCUGCAGACUGACUCCAUGCCUCAAAAGUUUAAUAAUGACAAUGUUUCAGUCCCACUUCAGGAUGGUCUCUUAAAGGACCAGUGUGUAGGAUUUAGUGGCAUCUAACGGAUGGAUCCCACCAAGAAUGACUCUCUGACAUCAUAACUACAACGCUGUUUUGAGAAGUACUCCAUGCGGCUUCCAACGCCACUAGGACUGUUUCAGAAGAGCACUUACUGUAGCCCACCAGACUUUGUUAACUUGUUCAGAUGUGGUUAUUGUUUCUUUGGUUUAUGUGCUUCUACCACGAUUACGUAGUUGAAUAGUUUCCCUUGUGUCUGUUUUUACAAUCGUGAGUCUGCACAGGGUGUUCACAACGGGCCCAGUCUGACCUGAUAGGAUCGAAAUGUCGUUCAAAAACUUUUGUGGCAUGGAGUCAGCGUGCAGGCGUUACUUGUUUAAUUUCCAGAGACUCCACCAUGAGAUCUAUUAGUGAUCAAAGCAAGUGUUUACUAGAUAGACUACAUUGCACAAGUGAUUUUAUACAUGGAUUGUGUAUAUAGUGUAAAAUAAGCUUGAAUUUCACACUUUUUAAAACUUUUUAAACUUGUGUCUUUUAAUGUUGUCAUUAUAUAUCUGCAUUUAACCACCACGGAAUAAAAAAAAAUAUUUUGAA